AGGCGAUUCCACAUGUACCACCUAUUCCUCUUUGAUCAAUGAAAUUUUUCCGGAUAUUCUUAUGAAAACGGGUCGCUCUUCUCCUGAGCCCACGAGCCGAAAUGGUCUUCCAAUGGAUCACCGAAUUUCUGCAGAUGCUCCCAGCAGAGAUCACACAGCUUCGGUUAGUUCCCGCACUUCCUGUGAUGAUAUAUCAAUCGAGGAAUGCGAGAGGCUCGUUUUAUCACCGCCUCCUGUUCCUAUGAACAUAGACGAAGUGUGUGCAGCAGUCAGCGCCGCUGCGCAGCGUUCCAAUUCAAGUCGAACGCACUCCAUCAAGACCCAACAGCAUGAAGGUUCCGGUGACACAUGCGACAAUCAUUCUGAGAAUGAUUUGUCCAAAAUCAGUCGGCGGCGGACGCCUUCGCGCCUGAUUGAAGCAACAGGCACACGACCAUUUUCCAGUUGGCGAUUGUUUCUCUGCUGCUGUUCACCGCUGGCAGGUCCUGUAAAACGCACGAAUAUCACUCCCAAUGUCCACGCAAGCGAAGAGAAUUUCCGUACGAAUGAUGUAUCGCCACCUGGCCCUACAGCGACCAAGACGUCGAAAGGCAAGAAGUCGAGGAAGUUAAGAAUGUGGUCCUCAAAGAAACAUACAGAAAGUACCAACUGUCCCGCACCCAAACUGCGCACCGAAUCUCACAAAGAUCCCUGUUUUCCAUCAUCCAUUGAGCCCUCUGGUUCGUUGGCCUCGGAUAGCCGGUAUAGCCCAACAGGUUCCGUCAGUCCAUCGCAUCGUGCCGUUCUUCCAACCACUGUUCUCAGCGCAUUAGAAGCUAAAACUGCACAUGCCUCUGUGUCCUCCACACCAAGUCGCCUUACAUACUCAGAAACUAUCCCUUCUCGCCUAUCUCCUGCUCCACUAUCUUCAAAAACGCGUUUUUCUUAUCCAUUUUCUUUUCCUCGGUUUACUGGACACAAGCACCUCCCUGCACCAACAUCAGCUUCAGCUGAAUUGGCCGCGGUGGACUACUCUGGCUCGUCCCCAACAGAUUGCCCUGCUAACUACUCUGAAACUCGUAAUUUAUCUGGUCACGCUCUAGCUCACGCACAGGGUAGCUACGAGCCCGUUUCGUGGGACGAUUGUGACACAGUGGACAACACCGUAUCCCCGUCUGAUAUCAUUCAGCAUACAUACACACUUCUGGGCAACGACAAAAGCAGUGCCCAAGGUGAUUCUUCUGACAAUUUGGAAAUGGCUAGCCCCGGUAUGGAUUUGUUGGGUGAGCUACCCGCGGAUUGUGUGAACAAGAAGUGCCUCGUAAUCGACUUGGAUGAAACUCUGGUGCACAGCUGGUUCAAACACGUGGAUAAUGCAAGCUUCGUUGUCCCUGUGGAGUUGGAUGGCGUGAAACACCAGAUCUACGUCUGUAAACGACCACACCUGGAUGCCUUUCUGAACGCCAUUGGCUCCCUGUUCGAAUGUGUCAUGUUCACAGCCAGUUUACGCAAAUACGCUGACCCGGUUUGCGAUUACAUCGACAAGGCCUGUCAUUUUCGACACCGGUUGUUCCGUGAGGCUUGCGUGCUUCAUCAAAACAAUCUGAUCAAGGAUCUCAGCCGUCUUGGUCGAGAUAUGGAUCAGGUGUGCAUUUUGGACAAUUCACCGGUAUCAUUCCUGUUUCAGCCGAACAAUGCGCUUCAGAUCGUUUCCUGGUUUGAUGACCCAACCGACCAGGCGUUGUUGGAGCUUAUUCCUUACCUCCAGGGUUUGGCAAAGUCUGAUACGGUGAUAGAUUACUUGCGAGAGUUUCAGCCGCCUGCAUCCGCAGCUGUAGCUCAGCCACAAACUCCAUCUUGGUUGCUAUUGUUCAACUCCGGUGCUUCCAACGAAUCAGAUGAGAAUGAAGGCUCCGAGAACAUGAACGAUGUUGGCUACAAUUACUCUGGCGAAGCCGUCGUUCUUUCUCCGCAUUUUCAUUCUCCUGUCUCAGGAUCUCUUGCAGUUACCUCGUUACUCGUGAGGCCUUACCCGAACCCAUCAGAGCAGUCCACAAAUUCUCAGCUGCCACCGCACAGAGUCACUAUGUCACCCUCUCCUACACCAGCCACCACUACGAGUUUCAUCCAUCAGGCUACCAAACCGGAAACUCACACAAGUUACCUUGGACAUGCGACCAUUCCGUUGGAAGUCCAAAAUGCACAAAGAUAAGUUCCCACUGAGCAGACAACUCGAAGUCCGUACUUCGUACACCGUUUCCCAGAUGUUAUAUCCGAAUUCCUGUUGCAAACCACGAUUGUUUGUUUACAUUAUCAAUGCAUUCCCUUCGGUCUUAUGUGCGCUGACAGUUUGAGGAGAGUAGCUAGUGCAUCUGCACCCCCCCCGACCCACUCCCUGAGAGGUUGAUCCAUCAACCUAAUGGCUGUGUUACUUGUUCCCCUCUUACCCACCCCAUUUCCCAUUCCAGGCUCUUUCAUAACAGUGCGCGAACUUUCAUUGCCACUGCUUAGUUAUCUUAUCAAAGCGCUGUCAUUCUCAUGCCCCCCCCCUAUUGGUGCCGCCGCACACACACACAUCUUGAACGCUGUUCACUUCUGCCUUACACCACGUGCAGGUGCCCGCUUCCUCCUGUGCCCGCCCCUUACGAGGAGUGCUGGUGCCCCUUUAUUUAGGAAUAUCUGUCAGGCUUUUUUCGACAUUUCGAAACCACUAGCGUUGCCUGUAAAUGCUGUCCGACGUGUGACGGCACUUAUUUAGAAAUUGCUGGUUCUCGAAUGUGUACAUACCUUUCCUUUAGUGUUUCGUUUUUACCUGAUUCUUAUCCAGAGUAACGGGUUAAAGUACUGCUAUGCAACUGUUCCGCUCCACCGAGGUCUCCUGUUUCUACAUCGUUCCCAUGCGCCAUGUAUUUCUUUGGGAAUGCAGCCCAAAUACGAAGCAUUAGUGCACACUGUUCACCGUAUGCUAGUUCUGGGCCGUCCAUCACUUUUCCGCGGCAGCUUGUUUGGAAUCUCUUUUGGAUGUCCAUUUUAGCGUCGUUUCCUCCCCACCCCACUAAACACUUUAGCACUCGCUAUUCGGCUCAUCCUUCUUUCUGCCGUAUUGGCUCUGCAUUGUCUUCCCUGUCUUUGUGCAUCUCACCUUGGCCAGCUAUGCUCAAAGUAAACCUGUAAGCGCCUUCGGUUGAUCUAUAGUUUUCCUUCUCUUCUCCCCGCCAUUGUUCACACUUGAAUACGUUGGCCACUUGCUUGGCGUAUUUCCAUGGCGUUUUCUGCUCCCUUCCGAUAUGUUACCUUUUCUGACUCAAUUACCAUGUGAAGGCUGCGUUCGACUGUUUCUCUAGGUGUUAUUCCCUACUUGACCAGUCUUUCAUCUAUCCUCAGUAUGAACAAGAAAGUUCAGAGUUUGUACCGCUGUUCCACUUCCCUUCAUUUGUUCGCACACGUGGACUCACACCCAACUUCUUUGACCUCGGUGACACACUUCGCAUUGCACAUACCGUGUGCAGUUUUCCAUUUCCUCUCUUUCUCCGGUCUAUUCCACUCCUGUCUAUUUUGCUGUGAGUUUUCUCUAUUCUACUUGUCUGAAAUCCCAUCUCCUUUUAUAUGGACAUCGUGUUCGCAUCAUUGAUCCGCUAUUAAGCCACUCGUUAGCAUGAAACCUUACAUGGUUUGCUCAACCCUCUUUGAAUAUCUAACAUCUUGUUUUCAAAUGUAUCCUUCUCACGCCUGGUGAUGUGCUGUCCAGUUUAUGUAUUUUUUAAACUCACUGAACUGGCUGAUAUUUCUGCUCCAACAUUGCUUUUCACUUACUGCCUUACUUCCAGUGUGACUCGUAUCUGGUGGUCACAUCAACAUUCACCACAGGACCUCGCUCCGUAUAACUGGGGAUUCCGCCGCCUCCCGAUUUUCCUACUUAUUUCAGUAGAUUUCUCCCUCGUUUUAGAAACAUCGAUAUAUUGCUGACUACUUAGUGAUAAAUCAACCAAACUCUGGGGUUCUUUUAAAC